CUGACAAACGAAACGCAGUCGCAAUACGGCAACCGCAACGCUCAGACGUGUCGCGCGAUCAGAAAAAUUUAAAAGCAGUGAAUACGGCGAAAGAUAAAAUAAAAUAAAAUAAAGCAGCAACUUCUCAACACAAUAACCAGCUCUAGCAAGCUGAAAAGUGUAUCAAACUCCAGUCUUGCCAUGUUUCGCAUCCUCAUUGGAGUGUUUUGCGCGGUUCUUUGGUCGCCGGUUAGCCAGGCUCUGAGUCCUGGCUUGCAGGUGGCCAAGCAGUGGAAACUCCUGCGCUAUAACUUCGAGCCCCAGGCGCCGAUCUCCGAUCCCAAUUUCUAUAAUCCGCAAAAUGUUCUCAUCACGGGAGUGGCUGUUACAAACGAUCGGAUCUUUGUGGCCACACCAAAGCUCUUCUCUGGAGUGCCCUCGACUGUGAGUUGGGUUUCCAAGGCCCAGUUCGGGGAUUCCCCCACCCUGCAGGCCUUUCCGGAUUGGACCUUCUCCAACACCGGACGCAGUGACUUCAAUUGCAGCGAUCUCAUCCUGACUUCGGUUUACCGGCUGCGUCUGGACUCUUGCAACCGGAUUUGGCUGUUGGAUGCGGGCAUUUCGCGUUCUCUAGAGGAUUACGAGAUCACCUGCCCACCGAAGAUCCUGGUUGUGGACUUGGCCACGGAUCGAGUGGUGCGUCGGAUUGAUUUCCCUCCGGAGGUCCUGCGAGGAGAGUCCCUCUUCACCAACAUGGUGAUCGAUGAGACGACGGCCAAGGGAUGCGACGAUGUAUUCGUCUAUAUUACGGACACCGUGGAGCCGGGAAUUAUUGUUUACGACAGUGGAAAGGACGUCACCUGGCGGGUCUCGCAUCCAGCCAUGUAUCCCGAUCCGGAUUUCGCCCAGUCGGAGAUCCACGAACAUCGCUUUGUGCUGAUGGACGGAGUGGUUGGGCUGACUUUCGAUGAGCGCACCGGUGUGGUUUACUUCCAGCCCUUGGCCACUGAUAGAGUUUUCUCCGUGCACAAGAAUGUCCUGCGAGCGGGUCCCUUGCCAGAUAACAAAAUGUUGGAUGUGAAACUGGUGGGCAAGAAGAGCUCCCAGGGCAUUGGACUCGCCGUUUCACCCUUCGACAGCAGUCUGAUCUUCAGCCCCCUGAGCGAAACGGCCAUCGCCUCGUGGAACCCGACAACCAAUCAGCAAUCUGUGCUGGCCUUCGAUCGCGAUCAGUUGCAGUUUGUGGCCGACAUAACCACUACGAAAUCGGAACCGGGUGUUAUCUAUGCCAUCGCCUCGAAGUUCCACCGUUUCUUCCUGAAGAACCUGAAUCCCAAUGAGUUUAACAACCGGAUUGUCAGACUGGAACUGCCCGCUGGCAACUCCCUUUUGGGUCACCGAGUUGCCCUUCCCGCAGCGCCCACUCACAAUAGUUUGCUCAACUAUGGGAUCUAUAACACCCACGGUCAGACCUCGACGAAUGCCCUGCAAACGUACUUCACCAGCCCGGCGUUGACCACGCCCUUUACCACAAAAACGCCCUUUAAGUUCGAGUCCGGCGGAAUUGUGAACUAUGCGGCCCGCAAUCCAUUCACGGCUCUCAAUCAGGGCGAGGCCUUUCCGCCCAGCAAGGCGACCAGGGACAACUACCAGCGGUCGUAUCUGGACACCCUGGUGGGCACCACUGCACCGGCGGCCACCACUCGGGUGGUUUCGGUGCCACCCACUGCCUUCAGCAACCGCCACAGUGGCUACUACUAUCAGCGAGCAACAAGAUCGUUGGGACAGCAGUGAAAAACUAAUUGCGAACACGCACGAGCAGCUGAUGUAAAUAAAUCCCUAUAAAU